UCAAUCAGUCAUUCUUCUUAAUUCAAUACGCAAAAUAACUCACAAAACCUUUGUUUGUUUCUUAUUGUAUGUUAAAAAAUGGUGGACCCAAUAUUCGAUUACCAAUUUAGACUUAUCCUAAUUGGAGACAGCACUGUGGGCAAGAGUUCCUUGUUGAAAUGUUUCACAGAAGGAAAAUUCGCAGAGCUAUCGGAUCCAACAGUUGGUGUCGAUUUUUUUGCAAGGAUCAUUGAAGUACAAGACGGUACGAGAAUUAAACUACAACUAUGGGACACUGCUGGUCAGGAAAGAUUUCGAUCCAUCACCAAAUCGUACUACAGAAACUCUGUGGGGGCUCUGUUAGUGUAUGACGUUUGUAAUCGUUCAAGUUUCGAGCAUAUACCUCUGUGGAUGAUGGAGGCUAAAAGGCAUAUAGAACCUCAUCGGCCAGUGUUUGCUCUGGUUGGCUGUAAAGUUGAUCUGGUUGGAAGUGAUAACAAGAACGGAGCAUGGAGGGAGGUGUCAUGUGAAGAGGCGAGAAUGUUUGCAGAGGAAAAUGGUUUACACCACGUAGAGACAUCAGCGAAAACAGGUUCGAAUGUGGAACAGGCAUUUAUUCUCGUCGCUCAGGAAGUGUACAACCGUAUACAGACGGGUGAAUACAAAGUUGAGGAUGGAUGGGAUGGGAUAAAGACAGGCUUCAACCGGCCAAAUGGUAUGGACUUCAACCUGCUAGAAGCAGAGACUGUACAGUCUACUUGUUGUUAGACACAAUAUAUUAUUAUAUUAUUGUUUAAUAUUGGUCAGGUUUAGAGUGUGAACCUGCUCUCCUUUUUUGUCCAAACCUUUCUGGACAAACUAAAUGGGUCUAACUAAAAUAAUUAUUCAAUACCUGGGCAAAACUAAUAAUUUUUUUUAUGUUAACAGCUAAAGGUAUCUUUAACAUAGAAGUUUGUGAACUUAGCUCAUUUAUAUAUUAAAGAAAAGAAAAUAUGGAAAACAUACACAUUGAAACAACACAAAAUUCAAUAUAAUGUAUUAACUUAUAGGGGACCUAUUACUUAUAUUCUGAGAGCUUAACAAAGGGUUCAUACUCUAAACAGAGGACAUGUAAAUAUUGACUCAUAUAUUAGACUUAUAUAAUAUAACAUUUUAGGUAUAAUACAUAUAGGGUUAACUUUAUUAAAUAUUUAGAAAUGGUCUGCACAAGGUUUUUUGAUGUUGAUGCAUACAUAUUUAUAGGUUUUUCACAAUAAAACAUACUUUGCGAGCGAAACAGACAAAA